AAUACUCUAGAAAUACUGGAAAAUUCUAGAGUAAAAAAUGAACAUGCUACGACUCAAAAAACAAGCAGUACUUGUAGUGCCAUUACUUUCGCCAGUGACUCUGAAGACAUCUUUAGUUAG